AAUCAGGGUCGGACACGUGUUUACUCCAUGACUGAAAACCUCAAUCAGGAGAAUGCAAUCAAUCUUAAUUCCAAAUAAGGUAGGUUUGGAGUAAAGCUGUUACAUGAGCUCCAGAUUUUGGACUGACUUUUGCCUCAGACAUCCUGCCCUGAUCCAGCCCAGCCCAGAAGGAUACAAAUUAUCUGCCAGCUUAUAGGGGCAGCGAUGUGAGUGCUGAAGGGCAGGGAAUCCCGACACGCGUGGAGCUGACCUGGAGGUGGAUGAGAGGGAACCUCCGCGCUCAGACAGGGCUGGAGAGAAGCUAAAGAGGCAGUAGGUUUGAUUUGGCAAGUUGUUUGGAAAAGGAGUUGAGAAGUGUCCUGUAAACACUGAAGAAUAGAAAAUGGUCGUCUGUGGAUCUCUAUGGUGAAGACCUCAGAAGAAAUAUCAAUUUUUCCAGUCAGCUUUUCAUAAUGUAAAUAUAGUUUGAGCUUCCCCCAAUGGGCAGCUAAACCAUGAACAAGCGGAAAAACCCUUUUUGGACUGUAUUUCUGAACCAGGCUUCACCUUCCAUCUCAAGAACUUUUUAAAGGAUUACAGCUGAAAAAGACAAGAAAAAGAAAACCUUGAACAGGAACCUUAUCCUACAAUGAGAAUUACAAGUACAUGUUGUAUCUGCCCAGUCCUAGUUUGUCUCUGUUUUGUGCAGAGGUGUUAUGGAGCUGCUCAUCAUGGCUCCAUCAAGGUGACUAGAAAUCAAACAAAACAUAUAGAAGGUGAAACAGAAGUACAUCAUCGUCCCAAGCGUGGAUGGGUGUGGAAUCAGUUCUUUGUUUUAGAAGAACACAUGGGACCAGAUCCUCAAUAUGUAGGAAAGCUGCACUCCAAUUCCGACAAAGGUGAUGGAUCAGUCAAAUAUAUUCUUACUGGAGAAGGAGCAGGAACUAUAUUUAUUAUUGAUGACACGACGGGAGACAUCCAUUCAACCAAAAGCCUAGAUCGAGAACAGAAGACACAUUAUGUGCUUCAUGCCCAAGCUAUUGAUAGAAGGACAAACAAGCCACUUGAGCCUGAAUCUGAAUUCAUUAUCAAAGUACAGGAUAUCAAUGACAAUGCACCAAAAUUUACAGAUGGACCAUACAUUGUUACUGUGCCAGAGAUGUCUGAAAUGGGUACAUCUGUUCUACAAGUGACAGCAACAGAUGCAGAUGACCCUACAUAUGGAAACAGUGCCAGAGUAGUAUAUAGUAUUCUUCAGGGACAGCCAUAUUUCUCUGUUGACCCUAAAACAGGAGUCAUCAGGACUGCCUUGCAUAACAUGGACAGGGAAGCCAGAGAGCAUUAUUCCGUUGUCAUUCAAGCCAAAGAUAUGGCUGGGCAGGUUGGAGGGCUGUCAGGGUCAACAACAGUAAAUAUCACACUCACUGAUGUCAACGACAAUCCACCCAGGUUUCCUCAGAAACAUUAUCAGCUCUAUGUUCCUGAAUCAGCUCAGGUUGGAUCAGCAGUUGGCAAAAUCAAGGCAAAUGAUGCAGACACUGGCUCAAAUGCUGACAUGAAGUACACAAUUAUAAAUGGUGAUGGUGCUGGGGUGUUUUCCAUAUCCACUGACAAAGAAACACGGGAAGGUAUUCUUUCCCUGAAGAAGCCGCUCAACUAUGAAAAAAAGAAAUCCUAUACGCUUAAUAUAGAAGGAGCAAAUACUCAUCUUGAUUUCCGCUUUUCGCACUUGGGACCAUUCAAGGAUGUAACAAUGCUGAAGAUCAUAGUUGGCGAUGUGGAUGAACCUCCGCUCUUCACUAUGCCUUCCUAUGUCAUGGAAGUUUAUGAAAAUGCAAAGAUUGGGACAGCUGUUGGCACUGUAACGGCACAAGAUCCUGACACUGCCAACAGUUUAGUGAGAUAUUUCAUUGAUCAUAACACAGAAGAAGAUAGAUAUUUCACCAUUGAUGCUAAUACUGGAACCAUUAAAACUGCCAAGAUCUUUGACAGAGAGGAAACACCUUGGUACAACAUCACAGUGGCUGCUUCUGAGAUAGACAAUCCUGGGCUAGUGAGCCAUGUUCCAGUUGGCAUUAGAAUCCUGGAUGUCAAUGACAACCCUCCGGAGCUCGCCAGAGAGUAUGACGUAGUGGUCUGUGAGAAUGCAAAGCCUGGUCAGGUAAUUCAGACCAUCACUGCAACUGACAAAGAUAACUCUGCAAAUGGGGCCAGAUUCCAUUUUUCUCUUGAUGAAGGGCUUUCUUUGAAUCCCAACUUUACUCUAAGGGAUAAUGAAGAUAACACAGCCAGUAUCCUGACAAGACGAAGGAGAUACAGUCGAACCAUUCAAGAUAUCUAUUACCUCCCAAUUUUGAUUUCUGAUGGUGGAGUGCCCCCUCUCAGCAGCAGCAGUACUCUCACUGUUAGAGUUUGUGCAUGUGAGCGAGAUGGACGUGUGAGAACUUGCCAUGCUGAAGCUUUCCUCUCCUCAGCUGGCUUGAGCACAGGAGCUUUAAUCGCAAUCCUGCUCUGCGUUGUCAUUCUUCUGGCAAUUGUGGUCCUUUUCAUCACCCUAAGACGUAGCAAGAAGGAGCCUUUGAUCAUUUCAGAAGAAGAUGUCCGAGAAAAUGUUGUGACAUAUGAUGAUGAGGGCGGUGGAGAAGAAGACACAGAAGCAUUUGAUAUCACAGCACUACGUAAUCCAUCAGCUGCAGAAGAGCUAAAGUAUCGGAGGGAUGUCCGCCCUGAAGUUAAGCCUGCACCCAGGCAUCAUCCCUCUUCAAGCCUUGACAGUAUAAAUGUUCAGGAGUUCAUUAAACAAAGACUUGCAGAGGCUGAUCUGGACCCCAGCGUGCCCCCAUACGACUCCUUACAGACAUAUGCCUAUGAGGGUCAUAGAUCAGAAGCUGGAUCUAUCAGCUCUCUGGAUUCAGUCACAACACAAUCUGACCAGGAUUAUAAUUACCUUGGAGACUGGGGGCCUGAGUUCAAGAAGCUAGCUGAACUCUAUGGGGAAAUAGAAUCAGAAAGAACAACUUAGCUGUAAUUCCCAGAACAGAGAAGUUCCUAAACAGCUGGAGGUAGAACGACAGCAGUGACAACAGCAAAUGAAUACAGUACUUGGAACUGAGCAAGUUGUACACAGUUACUGUAGAACAAGUGCCCUUUUCAUAUUUGAAACUGGGUUCUCCAAUUGGAAGAAAGUGAAAUUUUGAAAAAUACAGAAAAAAGAAGCAAUUGUCCCUUGUGUAUAUUUUUAAUUGCUCAAUAAAGUCGGUGGUACCGUAUCCAUAACAGUACCUAAAGUAAAGCCGGGCAAUGACACUUUUAUUGCAAUAUGCUUAACAUCUCCGAGCUACAGUAUGUUUCUGAUCAUGCCUGUUUAGGAAGAUAGCUAAUGGAAGAGCAAAUCAUUUGCAGAUGGCUUUGAGGUUGCCUUGCUAGCUGUGCUCUAGGCCUUGUGAUCCCAAUGUGAGGUAGCUAAUGGGGUUUACUAUCAGUGUGAGAAGUCCUAGGAGUCAUUUUCCUUUAACAGCAGGGAUAAUCCACACCUGUCCUCUAAAAUAAAUGGUCCUUUGAUGGUUUAAUCUAUUUAAAUUAGCAGGCUGCAAUGUGAAAAUGUCAUUUCAUUAUGUCCCUCAUAAUCUUAUUAUCCCUAACCAGCUAGCAGAGGGAGAACAUCAUUAGCUGUCAGUGCAAACACAGCUCUAGACCAUAACCCCAGACCCAGUCUAGAAGUGUUGUUUUCAGUGUGCGUGCUUUUUGUCUUUUCAUGAGAACAUCAUUCAUGUAGAUGGAAUGGAUCUGAAGUAAUCUUUAUGCAGCAAAUCAGAUGAAGCAUAGGCUCUUUCAGCAAAAACAAGAAUGGCAGCACAAUUAAAGUAUGCAGUUGUUCGGUUCACUGUGCUUCACUUACGGCAAUAGACAGAGCUUUUGAAGUCUUUUGCUGAUCUUAAUCCAGGAGCUACAACAGUCACUUUAUGACAGAGUUCUUAAUCGUAAUGUGUCUAUUUUUGUCUGUGUCUAAAAGCAAAAUAUUGCUGCUGGCAAGACAUGAGAAUAGAGAAGAUUUAAACAAGGUGACAAAAAUGAUGAUGCUUUUUUUCUUUUUAGUUCAAUAUAUAGAUAUUUAAUUUGUCCUGGAGUAAUUUCUAUCUAAGCAGAACAAACGCUUUUUCUCCCUGUUUCAAACAUCAUGGGAAGAUAAACAUCUUAAGCCAGUGGAGGGUGAAAGAAAUAAAAUGUGUCAUUUUGGAUUUCUUAUGGAUGAAAUAAAUUGAUCUAUUGUAUUAUUUAUUUAUUUAUUGCAUUGCAUUGCAUUGCAUUGCAGAAUUUGCUCUUUAGUCUGCUUAGUAACUAAUCUACAAGAUUUAUGUUUCCUUUUGGUCUGUUUGAAACUUUAACCUUUUGUUUCUCUGUCUUCUGAUAAUACUAUGAGAAGCCAAGGAGAACAUAUCAUCCCAUGAAGGAUUAUGACUGAUUAGGUUCACUAUCUACUAAAGUCUUCUGCUUUUAAAAUGAUUGGAGCUCUACUUAGAGAUGUGGGCUUUUACAAUAUGCAUUUCAUAGAGACACUGUUCAGGGCAGAAGCUGUGUACUGUUUGUCUACUUUGGGUUGGUAUGGAGAGAUUCAGACUGGCAGAGAAUUACCUAAAUAAGAAUCACAGGAUCAUUUAACUUGAAAAAGACCUACAAGAUCAUGAGGUUAGGUGUUGUCACCUAACAAAACAAGUCCACCACCAAACCCCAUCCCUAAGUAGAACACCCAGUGGGAAUAGUGACUCCACCACCUCCUUGGGCAGCCCCUAGCAAUGUCUAGCUAACCUUUCCAUGAAUAAACUCUUCUUAGCACCCAAUCUAAACCUCCUCUUUUGCAGCUUGGGACUGUUGACUCAUGUCCUUUCACUUUUCACCUGAGAAAAAAGACCAACACCCUCCUCACUACAACUUCCUUUCAAGUAGUUGUGGAGAGCAGUCAGGUCUCCCAUCAGCCUCCUCCAGGCUAAGCAACCCCAGUUCCCUCAGCCACUCUUCAUAAUUCUGUUUUCUAUGCCCUUCACCAUCUUCAUUGCUCUCUUCUGAAUGCACUCCAAUUCUUGCUCAUCCAAGCAGAGUCUGUCUUUAUACUGACCUAGUAUGAGCCACACAAGUGAACCAUUUAGUUCUUUACACUGUAAGUAGGUAAGUUCUAUCCAAUUUUUGAUCAGUCCCACUUUGAGAAUUUUUACGUCUUUCAAUAAAUUCCUUACCAGUAAGCUGUUGAUUGCUUUUGGUUUACACAGUCUUCUGGAGAAACAAGUAGCCUUGAAAGAAACUUCUCAAACAAUAAAUAUAUAUAUAUAUAUUAGUUGCAAUUAUUUCCAGAGUUGUUUUGUAAACAAACUGUUUUUACUUCAAUUUGAAAAUUUUACUGUUUCUAUUAACAACCAAAUUCACAAACCAAUUUAGAGGGGGAAAAAAAAAACAAGCCCUAAGAAGUCCUACUGAUGAUUUGAGAGUAGUUUUGUCAUCUUUGUUCAGAUUUUGUUUUUUAAUUUCUACCAAAUGCAGAAUCUUCUAGUAAUACAUUUGCUGAAGGCAUCCUCAUUGCAGAGUACAGUUCAACAGCUGCUUUAAAGCAGUGACCUUUGUACUACUUGAACUGAGAAUGGUUUAUGUAUCUUUUCUGAGGGUAGAGUUAGGAUGUGUUUCGAUUUCAUCCUAAAUGAAGCAACUAGAAGUGCAAGUUUUUUAUGAGGAUAAAUUUUAUUUUGAUUUAGAUUACAUUUGCUUUUUCUGACUUUUCAGUUUUUAUACGAUAUGAGUAAAAUGCUAAGAAGAAAAUCUUUGAACACUGAUAGUAUCAUGAGUCAUAAUAGUUUGUACUGCAUAUACAUUAGAGCUGCAUUCAUUUAUACAAUAAUUUUGAGAGCCAAUGUUAGUUAUCUUUAUGUCUGUUUCUGCUUACCCCACACCAAAGCAGGGAAAAUCAAAUGUGUAUUGUGCUUUAAGUAGUACUCCAGUCAUUGUUUUAUUUUUAUUUGCUUUACAGAACAUUCAGGCUUAAAGCCAACAGAAGUUAAGUGCAGCAACACAAUCACUCUUUAUGCUCAUGUUUUGAUUAAGUUAAUGAAAAGAGGAGGUCCUAUCUCACAGAAUUAAGAAUCCUCCUUUUCACCAUUCCUGGUGCUCUCUUGCUGCUCUACAACAUGUACAUUUUACCCAAAGCCCCGGGGAUUCUGAAUCAUUUAAAAUUCUGCAGGAUUAUUGAGACUGUACUUGAGCAAUGCUGCAGUGAGUUCUGUUCAGUUUGUCCUAUCCACAGUGAUAGCCAAAUGUGCUUUUUUGUCAUGAUAUGUCUGCAUGCUUGCUAUGCUUACUGUUUUUUACUCAAAUGCACAUUGCCGUGCCGUGUUGUUUGCAUGACAAAUAGCAGAAUACUAAAUCUUCAGGGCUGCAAAAGCAGGCCUCGUGAUGCAAAAAGAACAUAUUUUCAGAUUUAUUUCCCUUAUCCCACAGAAUUUUCCUUUGACCUUUCAUGUCCUAUGAACAAAUCUAAAGUAUAUUUAAGAGUUUCUAUGUUCACAUUGAUUAAACUGAAAGAAAACUAAUACUGAGUUCCAUGGAAGAUACAGUCAUUUUGUAGCACUGCUGAUUUAAAUUCAGUGUAAAUUCAGUGACAGUACUGUGGGAAAAUCUUACCAGGAUUAUGUUUAAAUCUGAUCAUAUGGAUUUUGCUUAAAGCUUUCAUAGAUCCAUUGUAUACUCAUGUUCUCAGAUAUGUUCCUUAAAUAGUAAUCCUGUUGUCAGUGAACAACUAAGUGCUGAUAACUGCCAGUUUUGUUAAAGCUGGAAGAUGCAUAGUAACAUUAAAUGGCACAUAGAAAGGGAUGCUUAAGAGUAUUUCAGAUGUAGAAUUUUAAUUCUGCAACAGUUAUUGAAAUAAUCAUGCACUUACACCCAAUUAUUUUGUCACAUUACCUCAAAUAAAUUCUCUUUCUUGUAAUGGUGGGGACGCAUAUUAUGCUGUAAAGGAUGUGUUAUCUGAGAAAAUGGUCUCUAUAAGUAGGAAAUAUAAAAAUACAUUGUAAACCCAACAAGAGUAAAAAAUGUGAUUUAAUGCAUUUUAAAGAAGAGUUGUAAUUCAGCUGGUUUCAAAUUAAGAUUCAGACACUGAAAACAAUUUGUUUAUCAGUGUUGCCAUUUGUUGCAUAAGCAUAGAAAACUGUAAAAGUUGAAAGUAAUUUCACUGUUAUGCACUUUAUUUUUUGCAUUUCUUUGUAGAAAAUCAAAAUAUUUGUAAACAUUUUUUUGUUUUCAAGCUCUAAUUGAUGCACUUGUUUCAAUUGCAGAUAAUGUGAGAAAAUGUCUAUGUGAAUAUUCUCACUGGUGUUUAAAAGGAAUUGCAAAAUUUCUGUGCUCUAAGCCUUUGUAAAAUCAUCUUUUGGAAAAAAAAAUACAAAUCUUGGACCGGUCUGGAGUUAACCAAACUCAUAGACUCACAAAAAGGAAAUGUUCUGUACAUGGAGGAGAAUAUGAAAUUAUGCUGCCUACGGUAACUUUGUGGAUUAUGAAGUGCUAAGACCUUGUACUUGCAGUACAUAUAAAUGGCACAGUGCAUUCUAAGGAAUAUUAGGAGCGUGUUGCAAGUAUUGGGCCAUCCUUAUUUUUCCAAAGUCUCCAAAAUAUAUAUUUUUUUUAACAAAAGAUUAAUGUAAAGUAUACCUCCUUAUGCAAGUGUUACUGAUAGAAAUUGUUACAUUUUCCUUUAAUAAACAAAAGGGACAAAACCUUUUAUUCGUAUUUUUCAAAUAAAAUAUGCUCUUUGC